AAUAUUUAAAAUGAACCAGUAUCCAUUGAUAUUCCCUAAGCCCGGAGCUUUUCAGAUGAUUCCUGGGAGAAGUUCUUUCGCACUUGUAACUCUUAGUGAUAAAUUCUGCUUAUGUGACCUCCAGCGAAGCUUUGGACAUAAUACACUACUUGCUUCAAAAGUUCACCCAAAACCGAGCACAAUGCAAGAAAAGUUAGCUAAUAAAGCUGCCUUUGUUCCUUUCUCAAGAAAAGAAGAAUCUGAAACUGAGAGGAGAUUCAGGAGCCCGAUCGUUACAGCUAUUGAGGAGAAAUCAGAGAUUUUUGUACCUAAAAUUACAGUCGAGAAGAUAGAGGACUCUUCCAAGUUUUCAAGCUCUGAUAUUUCCCAAGAAGCCCUGGGCCAGCUUGAAGAAAUUAAAGAAAAAGAGGAGUCAUUUCUGAAAGCCCAGGUUGUAGCUCAAGAGAUAUCUCAACAAGGGAUUAAUAAAUUCCAACUUCGAAUGGAUGUCAUCACUAAGUCUAUUUUUCGUCAGGCCAAGAGUUAUUAUGUGGCUGACUUCAAGAAGACUUUCAAUUUCAAUAAACGAGUCAGAAGAGUCAAUUUUAAUCAUAGCGAAGAGGUCUAUAAAAUGGCUAAGGAGUAUAUAAAUAAGAAAUUUCCCAAUAAUUCAGAGGAUUUACAUUUAGUAUUCGUUGCACUAGUUGAUAGUAAGCAAAAGUAUACUGAGCCUCACCCAAAGUACUCAAGUUUAAAUUUUGAUAUUAAUUCACUUCUGAGAGCUUUCAAUAAAAAGAAGUCUGAAAAGAUGCUUCAGAUCCAAGAAUUUGCAUAUCUUCUAUUGCACUACAUCCAAUUGCCUGAAUGAUUCGAAGAAAUUUGAAGAUCUCACACCCAGGAAAGGACCAGAAACACCUAUAGAGCUAAAAUUGAAGAGCUCAGGAAGUCUUGAGUCUCAGUACUUCAGAACUUCAAUCACGCCUAAUAAUGUUUGGAAUAAUUUAUUUGAGU